GGGUUCCCUGUGUCCUGAGCUAAAAUCCAAGAUGGCGGACGUAGGUGAGGUUGAAGUUGGUUUGGAUUCCAAGAUUGAAGAGGUUAAAAACUGGCUUAAAUCUGAAGGCUACGACAAAUAUAAGGAAGCAAGAAGACUAACAGAAGAAGAGGCUAAAAAUGAUCCAGAAUCCGAGCCUUACAAGUCAAAAUAUGCUGCACGUGAUAUUUGGAUAGAAUUGAAAGAAAAGUUAGAGACGUUUCAAAGUGAGGAUGAAGAAUGCAGUGAAUUUACAAAACUACUACUCGCUUCUUUGAACUAUCAGCUGGGGCUAAACUAUUUAGAGACGCAAGAACCAGGUCUAGGGGAAAAGUGCUUGCAGCAGUGUUUGGCAAGUCUUAGAAAAGACGAUAAUCUUGAAGUUAAAAGUGCUUCUUUGAUUUUGCAUUCUUUGAAUCAACUGGGGAUUUUGUGGAGCCAGCGAGGGGAAGAAGAGAAGUCGUUGGAGUUCUUUCAAGACGGAGAGAAAUUUUAUCACAGGUUUAAGAAGGAUGUUGGAGGUUCACCAUAUUCGAUUCAUGAGCUAUUCAACGCAGAUGAAAACAGCCUAUCUGAUCUGGACAGAGUAAAAGAAUUUGAAGCAGCCUUCACGCAUACCUUGUAUUAUCUAGCGCAAGUCCAUGGUGCCCUAGGUGACUCCAAGAAAAGUGGUACCUACUGUCACACGACCCUGCAAAGACAACUGGAGACUAAACAGUAUGAUCCUUUGGAUUGGUCACUUAACUGCGCCACGCUGUCCCAGUACUAUAUAACAUGUGACAAUUAUGUGAUGGCAAGACAUUGCCUGGCAUGUUCUAGUGUAGUGCUUGCAGAAGCAGAAGAAAAGUACACCCAUGAAUCAGUAAGAGAAGACGAUGGAGAACUAGAGAGACAGAGAAAGGAAAGGUUCCCCAGAACAAGGGCUGAUAUUUCACGAUGCUGGGCCAAAUAUUGCUUGAACUUGAUCAAAGAAGGAAAAGAAAUGAAAGAAAAAGAGAUGGAUGAUAGGAGAAUGGAAAGGGAAAAUGAAAAUGACACAGAAGAGAAUAAUGAAGGUGAAGCAUCAACUACAGAUAGGGUCCAAGAAAGAGAAGAAGAAGUAGAAGAAGAAGAAGAUGAUGAAGAGAACAAGAAUCCUUUGAGGUUCACGUCUCUAGAAGUUACUUGCUAUGAACAGUCUGUUCCUCAUCAUGCUAUCAAGAAUUUCAAUGAAGCUCGUACCAUUUUCCGCGAAGGUCAGAAAUGGUUAAAUCAGUCCAAAGACUACUACCUCUUAGACGGCCAUGUGAGCGAUUUUGUACAGAUCCAACAAGACCUCAGCCAAUUCUACAAGCUGCUCGCCUUUUUCGAACAGGAAAAAGACCGCAAAUGCAAAAUGCACAAGCGAAGAGUAGACCUCCUCUCAGAAGUCCUCUGUGAGCUCAACCCUCAGCAUUACCUCCAGAUAUGUCGGCAACUCAUGUUCGAAAUCGCAGAGGCAUACAGUGAAAUGGUCGACUUGAAGAUCGCGAUUUUAGCCGAGACAGAACAACAGCCGCCAACAGUCCACGCAGUCAAGAAGAUAAACCAUCUUAUAAACCAAGCCAUCAAAUUCUUUCAAACAUUCAUCGACUCAAUGAAACAGAAGGGUGCACUACCGGAAACGUACGACGACGACAUCGUUCGACCAGCUUUAGUCUCGCAUUUCUGUAUCGCUCGGCUGUUCUCAAAGUUCGUGGGUCUGGAGACACGCGCUAAGCUGGAGAACUUGAAAAAGAGUGUAGAUCUGUAUAACUAUAUCGUGAGCUAUUGUGACAACCAUCCAGACAUGCCUAAAGAAUCUUUUGAAGAUGAACUCCAAAUAUCGAGAGAUAUGGCGGCCCUACUACCUAUUAAAAUGUCGAAGAUCAUGGCUAGUAGUUCGUAAGCGUGGUGUAGCAAAAUUGUCCAAAAUAAUGGCUAGUACAGCUAGUCGUUCGUAAGCCUGGGGUAGACAAGUGUGAACUCGUACUAGAUCUUAUGAUAGUAUUUAUUAAUGUUAAACUGGCCGUGUUCUUCACUACACUUAGGAUGAAGCAUUGCAUGGUUUUUGUUGUACUAUAAGAAUGACAUCAAAAAAUGUGUCGUAUAAAUCUGCCGUUUCAUGUCGCUGUAUCUUUGUGCUUUCUCGCUUCCCUUGGGAAGUUUUGUCCGAAUGCGUGAUGAGAACUCAUCUUUUACCAAUAACUAUGCAACGAAAGGUUUUAUAACCAUCUAAAUUACGUCCAAUAAUAUUCUGAAAAAAAGACCUUUAAUAGACUAUUUUCCUUGUGGCGUUAAGCUCUUUUCCCAUGUAAAAUUUAUGCCGGGUCAUUUUCCUUGAAUAUUAUUCUUUACUAGCCUUGAAUAUUAUUCUUUACUAGCCGGGUUCGAAAAAUAAAUAAGAGGUCACACUAAACUGCAAAAAAAAAAAAAAA